GUUGUUGUUUACAGCUUGACGCAGCUCCUCCGAGCAGACAGCGAACAUGGACGUCACAUGUCAGAGAAUGACCGAAACAUGAUCCUGCCAGUUCUCUGUGGGGAAAACCAGCGCAGACAGCAAGUGGAGGACAGACAGGCGGCAUGACGGAGGAGAAAUGUCCCCAGCUGGUGGACUACUUUGUAGUGGCAGGUCUCGACCCUGCGGGACCCUGGAGGCCCCUGGACGAGGAUGGCAAAACCUCCUCCUCCACCUCCUCCUCUUCCUCCAGCCGAGCGGUGGAGUCGGUGACGGACCUGGCGGUGAUCGCCCGCGGCCUCGGGGAGGAGGUGCCGGAGGGCUUCACCUGCAUCGAGAAGACGCUGGGCGGACACUCCGCCGAGCUGAGCGCCGGCCUCAUCAACAACCCUCACCUGUACCUGUGCUACCGCCGGGGGCGAGACAAACCGCCCAUACUGGACCUCGGGGUUCUGUAUGAGGGGAAGGAGCAGCUGAAGCAGAGCUGGUACGUCAUCGAGACGACGCCCUACAGCCGCUCGGCCAGCCUGAGCUCCGGCGGCGCCCCGACGGCUCACCGGGUGUUCCUGACAUACCGGCGGGCUCUGGACUCGCAGGGCCUCCACACACUGGGCGUCACCGAUAUCGCCCUGCUGCUGCCCAGCAAAGGAGAGGUCGCCCCGCACACCUUCUGCCGCGUCGACAAGAACCUCAACACCGGCAUGUGGGGUCCGGCUCUGUACGUCUGCUACAAGCGAGCUGUGGCCAAAGCCAACGCGCUGCUGUACAAAGCCAAUCUGAUCAGCCGCUACCCGCAGGAGGACCUGGAGGCGUUUCCUCUGCCGGAGUCGGUGCCGGUCUUCUGUCUGCCGAUGGGCGUCACCGUGGAGAGCUGGCCUCUGAACACCAAGUACCAGCUGCCCGUCUUCUCCACCUUCGUCCUCACCUCCGCCUCCGGAGACAAGGUUUACGGAGCAGCCAUCCAGUUCUACGAGUCGUUCUCCAGGGAGCUGCUGUCGGAGCGGCAGAGCGUGAGGCUCGGGCUGCUCAGCGUCGUCGACCGGCGGCCGAUCACCAACCGCAGCCUGCAGGUGAAGAAGAGCAUCUGCGUCCUCUCACAGUGGCCCUUCUUCACCGUCUUCCAGAAGUUCCUCACUUUCGUCUACAGAUACUCCAUCUCCGGUCCCCACGUGCUGCCGCUCGAAAAACACGUCUCCAGCUUCAUGCACAACGUCCCGUUUCCUUCCCCUCAGCGUCCUCGCAUCCUCGUUCAGCUCUCUCCGUACGACAACCUGGUGCUCUGCCAGCCGGUGUCCUCGCCUCUGCCGCUCAGUGGUGCGAGCUUCCUGAAGCUGCUUCAGAACCUCGGUCCAGAAAACGCGUGCACGCUGCUGCUCGCCGUCCUCACCGAACACAAACUGCUGCUGCACUCGCUCCGCCCCGACGUCCUCACCUCUGUCAGCGAAGCCCUCGUCUCUAUGAGUUUCCCGCUGCGCUGGAUCUGUCCCUACAUCCCUCUGUGUCCGCUACAGAUGGCCGACGUGCUGCUGGCGCCGAUGCCCUUCAUCGUGGGCGUCCACUCCAGCUACUUCGACCUGUACGACCCCCCCACUGACGUGGUGUGUGUCGACCUGGACACCAACACCAUCUUCCAGUCUGAUGACAAGAAGCCGCUGUCAUGGCGAUCGUUACCACGGAAACACGGCAAGACGCUGUUCAACACCCUCACCAGCCUCCACAAGACGCUGGAGAAGAUUUGCACUCCCGGUCAGGAGGAGGCGACGCUGGAGUUCCUGUUGACCGACUACGAUCAGAUCUACAGGAGUCAGAAGCAGCUGGAGCUGGAGAUCCAGGAGGCGUUCCUUCGCUUCAUGAGCUGCCUGCUGCGAGGAUACCGGACCUUCCUGCUGCCCAUCACCCAGGCACCGUCAGACACCACCACCGACUGCAGCUCGCUGUUCAACCUGCAGGGUUUCCUGAAGUCUCGGGAUCGAACGCAGCAGAAGAUCUACAACCAGCUGACGAGGACGCAGAUGUUCACGCAGUUCGUCGAGGAGUGUUCCUUCGUCAGCGACCGGCACGCCUGCCUCGAGUUCUUUGACGAGUGCGUCCAAAAGGUGGACGUAGAGAAGCCGGAGGAGGUGAGGCUGAUCGAUCUGGACGAGACUCACGGUGGAGAACACACGGUGUUCAUCAUGCCUCCUGAAGAACCUCAAGAACCUGACGGGUCCGAGUGUCCCGCCCUCUACAGCUACGAGACCUUCCCCACUCUGAAGCCGGAGCUGUUUGAGCGGCCUCAGGACACGCUGCGCGUUCCCACGAAGGGCAGCGCCCCCAGCAGCCCCGCCCCGCGCCGCACCAAACAGGAGAUCAAGUUGGCGCAGAAGCGAGCCCAGAAGUACUCUGCGGUGCCGGACAUGUGGUCCAAGUGCCUGCUGGGUCACUGUUACGGCCUCUGGUUCAUCUACCUGCCCACCUUCGUCCGGGCGGAGACCGCCAAGGUGCGCGCUCUGCAUGCGGCCUACGAUGUCCUCAAACACAUGGAGAACCGCAAGGUGGUGCUGCCGGACGAGGUGUGUUACAGGAUCCUGAUGCAGCUGUGCGGUCAGUACGGUCAGCCGGUCCUCGCCGUCAGAGUCCUGCUGGAGAUGAAGAAGGCGGGAAUCACACCCAACACCAUCACAUACGGAUACUACAACAAGGCCGUGCUGGAGAGCAAGUGGCCGUCCACGAGUCAGGGAGGACGUCUUCGCUGGGCCAAGCUGAGGAACGUCCUAUUGGCUGUGGCUCAGUUCAGGCGGCCAAUCAAACGGCGUCACAAGAGCGGAUCAGUGGGGUCACGAGGAGACGCGGCGACGCCCCGCCCCCACUCGACUCUGAUUCGUCAGUCCAGCUGGAGCGGUUUGUCUGAGAGCUCCAGUCACGAGUCUCUGACGGGCGCGAUGGUGAAGAGCAGCAGCCUGAACAGCAUGAGGACGUCCACUGACAAGGUGAAGCUCUGCAAGAAGAGCAUCCUGGGUAACGCGGGGACCAACGGCUGCGGGGACGGCGUCUCUCGUAAGCCUCCGCUGGGACGCAGAGACGCCUCCACCCCGCCCCCGCCCGGUGCUGUUCUGGUUCCGCGGAGCCAGGUGUGCCUCUCCACCUUCUACAAAGAGUGUGCGGAGUCGGCCGACUCGGAGCCGGACUGCAGCUGCCACCCGGCAGAGAGAGACGGCAGACCUGUCGCCACGCGAGACUCGGCUGGCAGGAAUAAAGUCGUGGACGAGAACUAUAACAAUGUCUCCUCCCCGAGUCGAGGAGGCCUGGCGGGGAAACUGCAGCAGCUUCUCACACCGACGAGACACCGAGUGUCCGUGAGACGCGCCGCCAGCGUGGACGACCGGCGGCCGGGGGGAGGAGGGAUCGGACGGAGGGUGUCCGAGCAGCGGCCGUCCAGGAAGGCUCAAGUGGCUGAAACGCUGCUGAAGGCCAAAGAGCGGCUGGUCAGCGCCACCUCAGAGAGUUCACUGUCUGUAGGAAGUGACCUCGACUUGACGGAGACGCCACGUCCAGCCUACGCUCUGCGCCGGUCCUGGGACGCCAACCAGGAGGGGACGGGGCUCGAGGUGUUGAUUUCCAGCUGCUCUCUGUGUCGCAGCUGUAACUCGUUGGUUUAUGACGAGGAGAUCAUGGCCGGCUGGACGUCGGACGACUCCAACCUGAACUCGUCCUGCCCGUUCUGCUGCGCCUCCUUCGUCCCCUUCCUCAACGCCGAGAUCUGUGACCUCGGGUCCGUCGGCAGUGCGGAGCGCACCAACUGGAACGUGGAGGAUGAGGUGGAGAGCGCCGUCCGGCCCCCCAGUGGUCAGGAGGCGUCCCUGCGACUCCAGUGUAACGGUCUGAGCGAGGACUCCAGCUCCGAGACCAGCAGCUACUCCGAGAACAGCAGAACCACCUCGGGUUCGUCAGCGGGCGGCGCCCCCCAGGUGACGGUGGCCUACCUGAGCCCUCUGGUUCUGAGGAAGGAGCUGGAGAGUCUGCUGGAGAACGAGGGCGAGGCGGUGCUGGCCCAGCUCCAGUUCCUGGACAACCACUCCAUCAUCUUCUGGAACCUGCUGUGGUACUUCCAGCGCCUCGGCCUGCCCAGCAACCUGCUGCAGCUGGUCCGAGCCUCGCCGCUGGUCAGCCAGUUCACACAGUUGGACAGCUCAGCAGUGAGGGUGAGGCUCCUCUGGGACACCCUGACCCCCGACACAGACCAGUGGCCCCCCCUCUACAUCCUCUGGAGGAUCCACAGUGGCGUCCCCAUGAGAAGCUACAGCUGGCGGAGACACAACCACCCGUUCACUCUGGCCUUCCUGGAGGAGGUGCUGCGGUGGGUCGGCAUGAACGAGGUGCACAAAGCCGUCACUCUCUUCCUGGACACGCUGGCCAAGCAGCCGGGCUCCGCCUGCACUCAGAGGAGUUUGUACAGAGAGUUCCUCUUCCUCACGCUGGCGGCGAUGGGCAAAGACCACGUCGCGGCGUUCGAUAAGAAGUACAAGGCGGCGUACUCUCGGCUCAGCGGCACUCUGGGGCGCGAGGAGCUCCGGAAGAAGCGAGCGCAGCCUCUCGGCCCCAAAGCCGUCGACUGCAGACGCAGCUUCCACCCGCCGCUCGAGUGCUGAUCAGGAUCCCCACGAUGAGUCCCGCAGCCUCCUGUGAGGGGGGGGGGGUCCCUGCUGCCUUUACCCGCCUGUAUUCUUCACCUCUCUGCCGCCUCCCGGUGGACGCCGGAGCGACGCGCUCCUUCCUGUCCUCCGUCGCUCUGUUUGUGAAUCCAGCAGCUCUUUGUCUUCAUUUAAAGAUGGUGGAAGGUGAUCCGACUGCAGCGCACGGAGCAGAUCUGGACUGAAGAGCUUGUGCACUUCAACAAGCGUGAACAGCUGCGGCGUGGAGGCGUGCGCCGCCUGAAGGCCAGAGGACUGCUGGGAGCUGAGGGUCCUGCAUGUCCAGAGGGAUCCGCUGUCAUCCUCUGUUUCCUCCCGUCUUUUUAAAUACACAACCAGAUGAUUAACACGAGGGACUCUUCUGCAGGACGUCAGAUCGUAGUGUGACCACUGAGGAUUUAGAAACGCUUGCAGAGCACUGAAACACAAGGAAACGUCUCCGUCUGUCUGCGUGUUUGUCCGGCUGAAUGAAAUGUUCUUGACACUUUCAAACGUGUGAUCGAUGGAGAGCGUUGCUUCUCUCCCGACGAAGUGAGAAGCCGUUCACAUCACACUCUCUGAAGCUGUCCGUAUGAAGACACCAGAGUUUAAAGGUUUUAAGCUCUUUUCCACUUUGAACCAUGUUUUGGACUCGACAACUGAAAAGACGCCGACACCCUGCUUCAAAUCAGGAAGAAACAACGAGCACGAAGCUCGUGCAGGAAGUCCAGAGCAGCUGGAAGAUUCACUAAAGUCUAAAGUGUCUCAGGAUGUCGAGGAAACUAAAGGAUCAUCGUUUGUGGAAACUCGAGCUUCAUUCAUGCAGAAAGCUUCAUUUUCUUUACGUCGGCGCUGCUUUCUCCUUCAGGCCCUGAAGGCAACACGAAGCCCAGUCUCACCGUCAGUUCCCUCUGAGCUGAAUCUUCUUCAUCCGACAGGAAGUUCAUUUCCUUCAUUUCAGCUGUUUUUGCCCAAAUCUUGUUUCUGGAUGAUUUUAUCAGCUGGACGCUCAAACCUGUGAUUAAUGUAAUAACUCGUCAAAAUGUCCUUUAAACGUGUUCUGAUUGUUAUGACCUGAUAUCUGUACAAUGUGUAUGAUAACAAAGUGUAGAUAGUUAUUUAUGACUGAAUUAAAGCCAGAGUUUGUGUAAUAAUGUGCUUAUUAAAGGACAUUUUCAUCAGCAGGUUAUUACGUGUGUGUGU